CUGUGGGUUUCCGGGCGAUAUACAAUUUUGGGUGAUUCGUUGUCUGACGCCGGAGAUGCCCUUGUUCAGUUCGAUUUCGGUGGAUUCGGCAAGUCACCCUGCGGGAUGACCGCCGGGAAGCCAACCGGAAGAUUCUCCGAUGGGUUGCUUCUGAUCGACAGAAUCGCUGGGUCGGCCGGUUGGCUUCCCGACGGUCAUCCCACGGUGAUCCACCAUGGUGCAAGGAGGAUCGUUGCGAUGGGGGUGUACCAAGGAGGGUGCUUGCCCGGGUUCAAUAAGACGAUUUUGGAACACGAUCAAGGGCUGAUUGUGUGCGACAAGGAACGGAAUUCGUACCAUGACCUACACAACAAGUUAGUGCAUCAGCUGGUUCUUGAGCUUGGGUUGAAGCACACAAGCUGCGCAAGAUGUUGUGGAACCGUGAAGCACGUAACUUGUGGUAAACCCGAUACCCUGUUCUGCAACGACCCUUACCAUUACAUAUGGUGGUACGACUUGCAUUUCAUAGAUCACACCUACAAGCUCAUUGCGAGCAAGGUGAUCCCAUGCAUGUAUCGGGACUUGAAAUGUGGGUCUCGUAACUGUACAAGCUCCUGAUCCGAUGGAGAUCGUCUUGUUGGUGGUAUCCCCAACACCUUGAGUGGUCAUUUGUUGUAAUGAUUGUCUGUUUUUUGGUCAUAUUAUAGUUUACAUCGUUUGAUUUUUGUGAUAUUUAUUGUGUUAUAUAAAUAAGUUAUAUUACUUUUUGAAUAAAAUAUCACUUUUAUCCUUUGUUUUUAUUACAAAUGC